AUGCUGAAAUCCCCAUCUGGGGAAACGUUAUGGGAGAACUCCGGCUCGAAAUCGCCGGAGGCGGCGAGCAUCACUUGCCGCUCGGCACGGUCGAGCUCCGCCGCCAUCGCCGCCAGGUCGAAUUCGGAGAAGAAGGGGCCCUGCAAAACGGCGUUCACGCAAUGCAGGGCGCACAGUUUGGACUCCUGCACCUCGUGGUACAGUGUUGAAGGAGGCGGCUGCGGCGGUGGCGUCGUGCCAGAGCUUGAACCUCCGCGGGAGGAGAACGCGGCCGGAGUUAUUGAAGAGAUUGAAGUCGGCGGAGGCGGAGUCCGGGGUGACUUGAAGGGCGUCGUUGCUGAAGGUGGCGGGGCUAUCCACUUGGAAGCUCGGCAAGCUCGUGGGCUCAGUCCGAGUGCAGGUCGACUUGGGUCAAGCCCAGACGCCCGCCGUGUGCCAGAACGCGAUAAUCCUCCCCAAACUUCUCCAAAUACCAUCUAUGGUUCUGCCCGGCCCGCGGCACUAGGUGUACACGAAGAACCCAAGCCCAGCCCACGACCACGUCAUGACGGCCCAGCCCAACCACUCUACAAUCUCGCCCAAAUAAUUCGGGCAGCUGACCCACUCAAAAAGCCCACCCCUGGGCACCCUGUACCCAUCCCCACUUUCCUUCAACCCCAUCAACACGCCGUCCGACCAGACGUUCGCCGCCGCACCGCCGACGAAAACCGCCCCGCCGGCGGCCAUCCUCCACCAGAACCACCGGUCUCCGUCGAGAUCGGCGUACUCCGACACCCACCUCGCCUGCAGGUAGGCGUUCAGCAGGUUGAACACGAACGCCAUCGCCGCGACGCUGGCCGGGAACCCGGAUCCGCGGCCGCGGCGGCGGCGGGCCUGGAGGUGGAGGCGGAGGGGGUAGACGAGGGUGCGGUGGAGGUAGUGGAGGAGGAAGGGGGAGAUGAGGGCGAGGGCGCGGGCGUCGCGGCGGUUCCGGCCGUGGGGGAAGAGGAGAAGGGUGAGCCAGACGGUGGGGCUCUCCAUGAGGAGCCAGGCGAGCGGCGGGGGGAGGGUGGGGCCCCAUCCGGAGCGGCGGUGGCGGCCGUAGGGGGCAGAGAGGAAGAGGAGGGAGACGACGGUGGGGGGCGUGAUGAGGAAGAGGGAGAGGAGGCAGUGCCGGAAAAGGGCCUCGUCGGAGAACAUUUUUUGCGGCGUGAUUUUGGGUUUUUUUCAGUGUCUUGA